UGUGUGACUACCAACCAAAGAAGUGGGACCGUAUUCUCGCGCUCUCAUCUUGAGGGCGUCGGCUAUGUGAUACUUGGUUUCCUCUAAAAUGUUUCUAUUUUGUGAAAUUAUAGAACGUGAAAAAAAGAUAAUCAAAAAGAUUUUAAAUACAAGUGUUCCGUUCCUCGCCGCGUGACAUAUUUAGGAAGUGCAUUAAAAAAAACGCGAUAAUGGAAGCAAGAGAUUUUAACGCUAUAAGGAUGUCGCUAUUAAGAAAUGUGGUGAGCCUAGGGGCACUCGACUCGCCAGGGGGUUGUACUACCCAACACACUCCAGGACACAGUGGGAGGGGAAAAUUAGAGGUUCCAACUUCAUCUGCUGUUUCUUGGCCUGCUGUGAAGGAGAGCAUUGGACCCGUCAUCAUGCAGCAUUACAAGGACACAUUUAUUGACCUCAUGGGCGGCUCUAUGGGUGGUGUCGCGAGUGUGUAUGUUGGGCAACCUCUGGAUACUGUCAAAGUCAAAAUGCAGACCUUUCCUGAUCUCUACCGUGGCAUGGUAGGAUGUUUCUCUCAGACUCUGAAACGGGAUGGUGUCAGGGGUCUCUAUGCAGGCACAGUUCCCGCCCUUGCUGCAAAUAUUGCUGAAAAUUCGGUUCUUUUUGCGGCUUAUGGUGUUUGCCAGAAAGCUGUGGCAUAUUCUACUGGUGUUCAGAAAGUGGAGGACCUUUCGACUUUUGCAAAUGCAUCUGCUGGAUUUUUUGCGGCAUUUUUUUCAUCUUUAACUCUCUGUCCAACGGAACUGGUCAAGUGUCGCCUACAGGCUAUGAGGGAAAUGGCAACAAUGCAAAAUAAGGAACCUGAAAGGAUAGGACCCUGGAAGCUCACGAGACAGAUUUUAAAGUCUGACGGUAUUCCAGGGCUCUUCCGAGGCCUAACCUCAACCUUCGCAAGAGAAAUGCCUGGUUAUUUCUUCUUCUUUGGAGGGUAUGAGGCCAGUCGUGCCCUCAUGACUCCUCCAGGGAAAACCAAAGAUGAAAUUGGUCCUCUGAAGACAAUGAUCUGUGGUGGCAUUGCGGGGGUUAUUCUUUGGACAGCCAUUUUCCCUACUGAUGUUGUAAAAUCAAGGAUACAAGUUGCAGGUUCAACUGAGCCAAUGAUAAAAGUUACAAAGCAGAUAUUAAGAACUGAAGGUGUGGCUGCUCUUUAUAAUGGGCUAGGUCCCACUGUGGUGAGAACGUUUCCUGCAACUGGAGCACUUUUCCUUGCAUAUGAAGGAACUAAGAAGGUCCUACACAAUCUAAUGGACUAAUACGAUUAGUAAAAUGGUUGCUGCAGAUUUUUCAAUAGUUGCCUGACUUAGUGCAGAUCCAUUAUUUUGAUUUUUUAUAUUUUCUCAUUGUGAUUCUUACGUCUUAUAAAGUUUAAGCUCAAGAUGUUUAUCGUGUAAAUGUGUUUUUAAAACGAGUAUUGAAUAUAUGCUUGACUUUUUAUAAAGAAGCAAAUUAUAUUUCUUGGACAUGUAUAGUCUUGUAUGAGAAUUUAUGUGCUUCUGUCUCAUGGAAUAGGAGCAUAACUUCUGGUGCUAAUCAUAAGAAUUCUGUGUGAAGCCAGUGCCUGCAGAUUGCAUAUUCUAAAUUGAAUUAUUUUUAAGAAAUGGGUAAACAUUAUCACCGUCCACUGUGAUUAUUUUCUUUUAUGUGAUUGCAGAAUUUUAGUUGAUUUGAUAACUGAUGCAUAAUUUCUGAUAAUCAGGUUAUUUAUACCUGUAUAACAGACUAUAUGAACACUUCCAGUUAUGUAAAGUCAUAUACAAGUUACACUGAUCAUAAACUUUCCAAAUUAUUUGCCAUUUAUUAUAUUACCAAAUACUGAUGUUCAGUAAUCUAGCAUACAUUGUUACACAGGGAAACUUGCUCAAAAAUAAGAAUAUUUCAGUGCCAAUAAUUCAUCAGGUAGUAAUCUUGUAAUGGAUAAUGAACAUGAUAAGAUAUUAUUAGGGGAUGUGAGGUAUUUUUCCUCCUCUUUUAGCUCUGAAGAAGAGGG